AGUUUCGCGAUUAAUGUAGGCAAAAGAGCAGAUGGGUCAAAAUGGACCGAGUUUAAUGUCAACCGAUGGAAGGCUGCUCUUACAGAGGUUGCUGAUUUGACUAGCAUGGUUGUUUCCGGGUCUGAAAUAGAUUUUAUUUCAGAGAUUGUUCGUACAACCAAGUAUGAACUAGAUUUGAAACUAUUUAGUACUCCAGCUCAUCUAGUUGGAAUGGGCACUCGAGCUAAAUCUAUAAACUCAUGGUUGGAAAAUGAGCAAUCUGGUGAUAACAUUCUAGCAAUCUGUGGCAUGGGAGGUAGUGGCAAGACGACUCUGGCCAAAUUCAUUUACAACUCAAACAAGCAAAAAUUUGAAAGCAACAGUUACCUUGAAGAGAUUGGAAAGCACUCUAAACAGGCUCAUGGUUUGCUUGAGCUACAGAAACAACUUCUCACAGACAUUCUAGGUGGAAAUAAUAUUGCAAGUAUAUCUAGUGUAUCUGCAGGUACAAGGAAGGUUGAGGAUGCGUUGCAAGUGAAAAGGGCAAUUAUUAUUCUUGAUGACAUUGAUGAACGUGAAGAAUUAGAUGCUUUACUUGGAACAAAGGCGAUUCAUACACAAAGCAGGAUCAUAAUAACAACUAGGCUUCUAGAUAUAAAUGCAUGGUUUGGUCCAUAUCUUGGAGUUGCAAGGUGCACGAACUUGAAUUGUUGAAUGAUGAUGAAUCAUUAGAGCUUUUAAGUUCCCAUGCAUUUGGAUCCAAACUUCCUAUGGAAGGUUUCAAGGAGCUUGCAGUUCACUUAGCACAGUAUUGUGCUGGAAGCCCGCUAGCUCUUAAAGUACUAGGCUCUUCUCUAUUUGUCGAUGUUGGCCAGCCAUGGAAAAUAAAUAGCAUGCUAGAGGUUUGGAGAAGUGCAUUGAAUUCACUGAAUUCAUUGAAAGGAGAUCUUGAUUGUAAAAUCCAAGGUAUACUACAAAAGAGCUUUGACUCAUUACCACAUGCCAGUAACAAAGAGUUGUUUCUGCAUAUUGCUUUUUUCUUUGUUGGUGAAUAUGAGGGUUAUGUGGUAAAGAUUAUGGAGAAUGACUGGCAUGCAAAAGCUGGGAUCAGGACCCUCAUCAACAGAUGCCUUCUUACCAUCUCACCAAAGAAAAAACUGAUGAUGCAUCAACUGCUUCAAGAGAUGGCAAGAAACAUAGUCCUUCAAGAGUCCAGAGAUCCUGCAGCACGUAGUAGAGUCUUGCAAAAUGAUGAAUCUUAUCGUUUGUUGUCAAAAGGAGAGGGUUCAGAAACAAUUGAAGGUCUAGCACUUGACAUGUACAAGCUCAGGAAAGGGAGGACAUCAAAUCCAACAACCCUUAAAACAGCUUCACUUGCAACAAUGGACAAACUGAAAUUUCUCAAGCUAAAACAUGUGGAACUCAAGGGGUCCUACAAGAAUUUUCCAGAGUUAAGAUGGUUGUGCUGGAGUCAUUGUCAUUUGGAAAAAAUACCCUCCGGCUUAUUGGGUAGCAGGUUGGUAGCUAUAGAUAUGAGAAAUGGAGGGUUGGAAAAGUUUGAACCACCCAUGGUUCUUAAUUCGAUGAAGAUCCUAAAUCUUGGAUGGUCGAUCAAUCUUGUCAGUGUCCGCCAUCUUUCCCGACUUCCUAAUCUCGAGACUUUGAUUCUCUCGUUCUGUUUCAGUCUCAGUCUGACUCAUGUUUGUGAAAGCAUUGGAUGUCUUAAGAAGCUUUCUCUAUUGGACUUUCGAGGGUGUAAUCAUCGUGGGAAGGUUGCAUCGAAUAAGAAGUACGAAAAUCAACUGUUGGUCCCCUUGCCAGACUCGUUAAAGGUUUUGUUUUUAAGUGAACAGUCGCCAUCCUUUUACAAUCACAUGAAUUUUGGCAGUAAUCUGUUAAUGACCCCGACCAAUUACACUAAUCUUAAAAUGCUUCGGGUACUUGAUGUGAGUCGUUCUCAAAAUAUAAAGUCCCUCCUAUGUCUCCCAAGUGCGCUACAAGAGUUGUAUACAUCUUGGUGUUAUUCACUGGAGAAAAUAACAUUUCAAUCAGCUCGGUGCCGAUUACGGAAAUUUGAAUAUAAUUUCUGUAAAAACUUGUGUGAAAUUCAAGGCUUUUACAAAUUGGUGCCAUUAGCAAAUCUUGAUGAAGCAGAUUUGGGACAUAUGAAAUGGAUCAAAGCAUAUCAUGAUACUAAGGUGGACCUCAAAGAUGUUGAUGUCUUUAAAUUUGAUUGGCAUAUGCAGGUGCUGUAUGAAUAUGGUACAAUAAGCACAUUCCUUCAAGGCAUAAAGGCUCAAAGCUUGCUAACGUCUGAGUAUAUGUUAUCAUCCGCAUCCUUAUCCUUUCGUGUGCCUUCUUCUCCUGAGAAAUGCAGGAUCCGAGGAUUAAACAUAAUCGCCUCAUACAGAUUUUCAGACACGUUACACGAGGAUGAAGAUACAAAAUGGGCUUUGUUCACCAAAGUCAGCAAUACAACCAAAGGCCUUACUUGGAUGUAUAACCCUUUUAUCUAUGACAUUCCGGGAACUGAAGAAGAUGUGAUGUGGUUAAGCUAUUGGCCCCUUGGGAACAUAUUAGACGCUGGUGAUGAAAUCAAUGUGUCCAUCAUUGUAGGGGAUGGAUGGGAGGUAAGCAGGUGUGGUGCCAGCCUUGUGUUCAUAGAUGAUGAUGAUGAAGUGGAGUUAGAAUACUACAAAAAUUACAAGAAAGAGGAAGAAGUUAUUGGAGGAGAUCUAUCUGAAUUUGAGCUCACUACAGGAGCCUACUAUCUUUGUCGUCGCGAUUACUUCAAGUCAACCACCCCUACCCCUGAUUGGUUAAAUAUGCUAGUUGGUGAUACCCUUCCACAUAAAGUCAUAGACUUACAAGGAUGGAGAAAAUCUAUUCAGACAGACUACUAUUUCUGAUUGGUUCCAGGUAUGGAGCGGAAAGCAUACAGAGGCGACACUAUUUCUGAUUGGUUCUAAGUAUGUACAUGUAAUCAUUCUUUUCAGCAUAAAAUACAAAUAUUUGUUUGUAAAUUUAAAUAAAUUUGCUGCUUAAAUCCCUUAACCCAACCUAACCUA